CCGGAGCAGAAUGCAAAAAUUUGUGAUUAAACAUAUAAUGAAAUUUCAAGUUGCAGCGGACAGUCCAGAGAUUUUGCGUAAACUUCUAGAAACCCCCCGAACUGGAGAUUCAAAACUCUUCUCGAGUUCAGGCAGUACCUUUUUAAGGUCUGCUCCUCGUGCGACACCCUGAACCAGAGCCUCUGGUGCGCGUCCAACUGAGACCAAGAAAGGUGCAGCCACUUUUGAUCCAACAAGGCGCAGGAGUAAAGGAACGCCAGGCGCCGGGCAGUGUUUAGGACAGCAACCAAGGCCAAAAGGAGGUCUUCUGCCCUAAGCAGUGCCAAGGCGAAGGGCGCGGGAGCUCUCCGACCUCCCGCUAUGGGGGAGGGAAGAGGCGACAACUUCGACGGUGUGAGCACCGACCGCCUGAAACUGGAGUUGCUGGAAGAAAUCUACCAGAAGGAUGUAGUGCAACUCUCAGUGUUUGAAUUAAGACACAAGAUAGCAGAAAUGGAAGCCAAAGUCAAUACUGACAAUGAAGGCAGUGAAUGGAAAACCCGUUAUGAGACACAACUAGAACUGAAUGAUCAACUAGAAAAGCAAAUUGCAUCUCUUAAAGAGAAAAUGGAAAAAUUCCGUGGGAAUCCUUCAGAUAGUCUAUCUUCUAUUCGUGUCUAUGAACGAAUGCCUGUGGAAUCCUUAAAUAUAUUACUUAAACAACUAGAAAAAGAAAAAAGGAGUCUUGAAAAUCAAGUGAAAGACUAUGCACUUAAGCUGGAACAAGAAUCAAAGGCUUACCACAAGAUCAACAAUGAACGCUGUAAAUACCUAAAUGAAAUGUCUCAGGUCUCUAGCUCACAUCAAGUUUCUAAAAAGCAACAGAUGGAUCAGCUUCCUAGAAUGAAAGAGAAUCUAAUGAAAACGGGAAGAUACAAUCCAGUUCAUCAGAAGAGUGUGAAUGCCAAGAAAGGACCAGUAAAAAAGAUUAUAAAAUCAAACCAUCUUCCAAAACUCAAUCCAUGAUUCCAGAAAUGGGUGGAUUUCUAUUUCUUCCUUUUUUUUCCAUUUAUAAUAUUCAAUCUGUGAAGUUAAUGUUGAACACAUAUUUCAGGGAUUGAAUAGAUAAGAAAGAGCUUCCAAACUUCUCUUUAGCUCUUCUUCCAGAAAUUCAUUCCUUUGUCUACAUGAAAGCAAUUUUCUCUAGUGACCCUGAAAUAUCUAAUAGAAGAAUUUGGAUUUUUUAAAAUAUCUUAGAAAACCUGAAGUUUGGCAUCAUUAUACUCACUUUUAAUUCUAUAUUCAAGACCUGUUCCUAUAGUAAUAUUGCUAUUAUAUUUGGUUUCUUCUUCCAGAAAUUAAUCCUUUGUCUACAUGAAAGCAAUUUUCUCUAGUGACCCUGAAAUAUCUAAUAGAAGAACUUGUGAUUUUUAAAAAUAUCUUAGAAAACCUGAAGUUUGGCAUCAUUAUACUCACUUUUAAUUCUAUAUUCAAGACCUGCUUCUAUAGUAACAUUGCUAUUAUAUUUGGUUUCUAGUUGUCUGUUAGCUAAAAAUAUGGGUUUAUAAAAAGUUUUUUCUAUUUUAGGCUAUAUCACACUUAGCUUUUAACUCAGUUUAAACAAAAUUUCAAAUCAAAUGCAUGUUAUAUUUUGACCAAAAUAUUAUGGUAUUAUGAGAACAACCUUCAAUCAUGAAUUAGUUUGUUUAUAGUCCCUACUCUGCCAUGAAUUUAGAUGAUCUUGGACAAGUCCCUUUAUCUCAUCUUUAAUAUCCUACUCCUAUAAAAUGACUAAGGCAAUAUAUUUUCUAAGGUUUUUAUCAUUUCUAGAAAGUAAAUAUUUAAUCAUUAGAUACUGCCACUAAACAUGUAAUAAUUUAAGACAUUUUUGUAAUGUUUAUUAAUUCAUAGUAAUGGCCUAGUUCUUUGGACCAAACUUUGCAAGUGUUCACAAUAUUCAAGUCUAGAAGUGAAGACAGAAUGACAAUUAGAGUUUUUCUUUGAGGAUCUAUAAAAUUUAUUGAAUAUUCAUAUUUAGACUGGAUUUUAAAAAAUCAUUUGAACAAGUUUUGUAACUAUAACCUAAGUCUGGAACAUAUAUAUAACUUAUUUGCCCUUCAUAAUAAAUGAAAUUAUUAUACUUUAAAUUUUCAGAAGUCACCCAGAGGUAAGUGUAGUUUUCAGCUAAUGAUGCCACCUACAGCUAGCACUAAACCUAAAUUCUAUUCAGUGUCACCAGUGAUGAAUACCAAAAGGUAUUUCUACAACAAUAUCUAUAAAUGUUUACUUUCUUUAGGGAAGAAUGCACAAAUUUCAUAUGGCCAAAUAAUUUUUAUAUGACUUUAAAAUGUAAUACAGAGAAAUAACUUCCUAUAAGUUAUUCUGCAUUGGAACUAUUUAGAAAUAUUGUCCCCUGUUCUUAACUACAGAUAUUAGAUACCAUGACCCUUAUUAUUACACAAAUGCUAGAUUUUUAUGUCUUUUAGCAUGUUUUCUGGCAUUAGAAAAUUGAUUUUAAAAAACAUAGCAAUUAUAAUUAUCAAUGAAAAAUAAACAAAUUUGUUUCUUUUACACAGAGGGAAGCCAUUUGGCGACCAGAUUGAGGAACAUUUAAAGUUAUCUCAGUCACUAUGACAGUAUAUUAAACAUCGUAGGGACUCUAUCACUUUCAAAUGUUUGUUUUGCAGAAGCUGUUUAGGGUUACUUUCUGCAUGUUAGAAAAUGUCUUAAAUGAAGUGAUGGUAUGUUGGUGGGAUAGUAUAAAGAACUGAAAUGGGGCCUUUAAGUCUGUUAUAGUAUCUGUUUUGCCCCUUCUAAGCUUCUAACUUGAGUAAAUUACUUCUCAUUGCUCCCAUUUCAUUAUUUAUAGAGUUGGGAAUGUUUACACUCACGACUGUAUUGGGAUUGCUGUGAAGAGAAAAUAAAAAUACCAUAUAUUCAUUUACUUCCUCAUAACCUUUUUCUCUCUGAGAAGGAUAUGUUAACUUUUACAAAAUAUAGUUAUAAAAACAUUCACAAAAGAUAAAUAAAAGGUGAAGCUUUGCAAGAAAUCUUACCUAAUCAAAGCUCUACAUUUAAGCCUUCUAGCAGCCAGUACAAAGGAGUUAUACAGUUAUCAUUUUUUACAGAAGGAGUAUGCAAGUAGAAAAAAGUUUUAUGUAAUUCUAAGUUCUGAAGGUCAUUUGUCAUGAGGGUUUUUAAGAAAAUGUCAUUUUUAUAAUAAAGAAAGAUAAUAGUUGGGGGGUCUUGUUUGAUAUUCAAAUAUGUAUUGAUAUCAGUAUUUCAGUUUUUAAUUAGAAAAUUUAGAAUUCAUUAAAAAAUUAGUAAAAUAGUAUUUCAAAAAUUUUUAUAUUAAUAUAAGUAAAAUAUUUAAUGUAUUUCAAAAUUGAAAAUACCUAAAUGUAUCAAAAUAAUGAAUUAUCAUUUAUUAAAAGUAAGUUACUAGAAUCAAAAACAUAGUAAUGAAUAGUGAUGAGGAUGUUGAGAAAUUUGAACCCUCAUAAAUUGCUGGGGGAAGUAAAAUGGUAUAGUCACUUUGGAAAAUGUCAGUUCCUUAAAAGGUUAAACAUAGAAUUACCAUAUUACCCAACAAUUCCACUCCUAUGUAUAUACACACAAGAAAAAUAGAAUCAUUACAUGUAAAAAUGCACACACAAAUAUUUGUAGCACCAUUAUUCAUAAUAGCCCAAAUUAAAAAUAACUCGAAUGUCUAUUAGCUGAUAAUGGAUAAACAAAAAUGGUAUAAACAAUGGAUUAUUUUUGUCAAUAAAAACAAAUGAAGUACUGAUGAAUGAUACAACAUGGAUAAACCCUGAAAACAUUAUCCUAAGAAUACAAUCACAGAGACCAUAUAUUUCAUAAUUACAUUUAUACAAACUGUCCAAAAAAGCAAAGCCAUUGAGACAGAAGAUAGAUUAGUAUUUGCCUUGGGCUUGGGGGAGGGUCAAUGAGGGGGAAAUUACUGAAUUACAGGGUUUCUUUUGGGAGCCAUGUAAAUAUUCUAAAAUUGAUUGUGGCAGUUGUACAAACCUGUGAAUAUACUAGAAACUGUUGAAUUGUACAUUUUAAAUAGCUUAAUAGUAGUAUUUGUAAUUUAUACACCAAUAAAGCAUUACAAAAACAAAUGCUAAAUAUACAUUCACAUUUUAUUUCAUAAUACAUUACCAGAUAAAUAUUAACUACUUGAUAUUUCUCAGAAAAUAGGAUUUUAAAAAUCAAAUGUAUCAUCAUUAGUGCUUUGAUCAAGUCAAGAGUAUAGUUUUGAGCAGAAUUUUCCAAAUAGGAACUUUUUCAGGUACCACACUAGCUGGAACAAUAAUG